AUGGCCUGCCCUGCCCGAACCUACCCUCUCAACAGGCCUGACGGUCACCAGCCGCCCGUGCCUAGAUGGCAUCUCCGUUUUGAUGAAGAUGUCCAGACAGUUCACAUACUUUAUUUCGGCGUCCAACAAGCCAGCGACUCUCUUGGACUCCGGCCUGCGGCCGAUGCCAUUGUGCGAACCGUCCGAGACCGGAUCUCGGAUUUCGGAUCAUAUCCGUCACCAGCAGCUGUGGAGGAGUUCGAGGUCAUCGACGCAAAGUCCCGCAACCGAUCACAUGUGACCGUCGCAUAUUGGACAGAAGAAGAAGCAUAUCGCCAGUUUCUGAACUCCUUAGCGUUGUCAGACAUACAUGACAAUGUGCCAGCCGACCAUCGCUCCCAGAUUGGCCUCUGGCUCGAGACCUUCUCUCUGCCCGUGACUCGGCUCGAGACCAACUACUCUAGUUUGGACUACCUGCCAGGAUUGGCCCGUCUGCCAAAGACUCACACGGAGGAUCACACGCUCACUGCGUACUGGGGUGCGGCGCGCGACAGGAUCGAUGCUUCGGCGCACGAUCCCUUUUCGCCCGACGAGACAUCUCCAAAGAAAGUCGCCGCGAAGGGAGCCCAUGUCAAGGGCAGCAAUGCAAACAACCUCGUCCAUAUACGGACAGGGCAAUUUUGGCACAACUGCGAUGAGCAGGAAGCAGAAGCGUACGAGAAGAAGCUUGAGCCGACGCUCGAGAAAGGGCUAUAUUACCUCCGCGAGACGCCAUCAGCAGGGGCAAUGGGUCUGCGCUACCUGCGAAACACCGUCCCCGUUGAUGACAGCAGCACCCUUCGCAAGGAGACCUGCGUGACGUGCUUCUUCUCCAGCCUCGACAAGCUCGAGGGCUGGGCCAAGAGCCACAAGUCGCAUCUAGCCAUCUACAACGGCGCGAUGAGGCAUGCCAAGAUGUUUGGCGCCGAGAGGAAGUUUCGCACAUGGCACGAGGUCGUGGUGCUGAAAAGGGGCGAGGCAAAGUUUGAGUAUUUGAACUGUGAAUCCGAGGAGGGAAUGAUGGCCUUUUGCUAG